UGCCACGUUGUCACAAGUUCCUCCUCCUUUUGUUACCAACAGAAAACAAAGUUUAAUUGGCUAGGUUCAGGCACAGCCAGUAGCACAGAGAUUAAAAAAAGACAAGAUAAUCAUUGCGGAAUAAACCGGUGCUUUAAUGACCGAAUGACAGGGAGUGCUGAGGUGGUGGUUACAUACGAGGAAGGAACAGGAACUGUUAUGAAAGCACAAGUAUACCACUUUUGAACUCAGACAUACUAACUAACUUCGCCAAAAAUGAGGAUCGCAGUUGUGAUACGCGGUAUAGUGGUCCUGCUGGUCAGUGGCCUGACAUUGUUCAUUGCAAAUAAAUGGAUGAAUUCUUCAGAAAAACAGAAUAAUACUGAACGCUUAGCAGAGCCAAAAGUUAAGAAGUCCUUGUGUGGAGCGGAUACACAUUGUACUGCAAACCAUUUCCCAUUUAAAAUCAUUAGCGGGGCAGCUAAUAUUGUUGGACCCAGCAUUUGUUUCAAUGAUAAACCACUCAUGACCAGUGUAAAGAAUAACAUUGGAAAGGGGUUAAACAUUGCUUUAGUUAAUGCUUCAUCUGGUAAUCUAAUAACAACUGACUUUUUCGACAUGUGGACUGGAAAUAUCAAGUUGCUGGUGGAUUUCUUACAUCAGGUUAAACCUGGAACUAUCGUUUUGCUUGCUUCUUUUGAUGAACCAGCAACAAAGCUUACUGAUGAAGUAAGGACACUUUUUAGUGAGCUCGGGAGCUCCUUAGUUCAUGAUGUUAAGUUUCGGGACAACUGGAUUUUUGUUGGAGCGAAACCAAUUAAGGAGAAAAGUCCAUUUGAACAGAUCCUGAAGAACGAUAGAGCGAAGAACAAAUACGGAAAUUGGCCUGAAGCAGUCGAAAUGGAAGGUUGCAUACCAAGAAAGAUAGAUUAGCUACUAAUUGUAGAAGUCUAAGUUUUAAAUUUCUUUAGAAACACUACAUUGGUUGUUCAUUUCCAGCAACAUUUUAAAGUUUUUAUGCUCUUCAAAUUUUAUUAUUGUUGCCAAAUAAACUUUCAUUAUCUAUUUGCAUUACUGGGUUAUUGAAAUGCAAUUUAAACUGUUUAAUUUAGAACAAGAAGCUACAUGGUUUGGGUAACAGAACUUAGGGCUUGUAUAUUUGAGGGCUGUUGCAGCAUAGUGGUAGCGUCCCUACGCCUGUGCAGUUGAUUACAAAGUCAGAAAUGAAACUGCUGGUAAUUAGCUUACAAUUUCAUCACUGAAAUUGAAUGAACCUCACCAUUGUCAUUAUUUCAGCCUAGGCUAAAUUAUGCUUAAACCAAUGCUAAAGAGGCCAGAAACUCAAUGUAUUGAUUUAACUUGCAUUUAACAUUCUGUGAUAUUUUACAUUGGUUAAGCUAAUUUCUCCCUAACUGCACUGGUCCUAUGAAUACAAAUUCUAACAGUAUUUUUUUUUAUCUUUUGUAUUUCUUGCACAGGCUAUCAUUUUAUAUUCUUGAUUCAAUUAUGCGAUUAUAUUUCAUUA